ACCAGACCAACCAACCAAAUCGCAUUCCCCAAUCGUCCCCAGAUCCGACCCGAUUCGUUCGAUCGCUCCGAUGGGCGUCCCCGGCACCGACACGGAGUCCUCCCUCCUCCUCCCCGGCGGCGGCGGCGGCAGCGGUGGCGGCGCGCCCGCCGUCCCGCCGCGGAAGGCCCCCGACGACGCGUUCCACCUCGCCUACAUCAUCUUCUUCACCGUCGGCCUAGGGUUCCUCCUCCCGUGGAACGCCUUCAUCACAGCCGUCGACUACUUCGCGUACCUCUACCCGGACGCCAGCGUCGACCGCGUCUUCGCCGUCGUCUACAUGCUCGUCGCCCUGGCCUCCCUCCUCGUCGUCAUCUUCUACUCCCGCAAGUCCGACGCCGCCGUGAGGAUCAACCUGGGGCUGGCGCUCUUCAUCGUGGCUCUGCUGGUGGUGCCCGUCAUGGACGUCACGUACAUCAAGGGCCGGGUCGGGCUGUACGACGGCUUCUACGUCACCGUCGCCGCGACUGGGUUGUGCGGCCUGGCGGACGCGCUCGUCCAGGGCGGAAUCAUUGGCUCCGCCGGCGAGAUGCCGGAGAGGUACAUGCAGGCGGUCGUCGCCGGCACUGCAGCUUCUGGGGUCCUGAUCUCCAUGUUGAGGGUUAUUACAAAAGCUGCAUACACGCAGGAUGCUCAUGGUUUGAGAAGAAGUGCGAACAUCUAUUUUGCUGUUGGCAUUGUGAUCAUGGUUGUGUGUCUCGUUUUAUACAAUGUUGCACAUAGGCUUCCUGUCAUGAAGUACUACAAGGAAUUGAAGAUGCAAGCUGUGAACGUGGAGAAAGAAGAAAAGGGCUCCCUAAUUGAAUCUGCUUGCAGUUCAACUCUAUGGGACACUGUUGGGAGAAUCAAGUGGUAUGGAUUUGGGAUUGUUCUCAUUUAUAUCGUAACUUUGGCAAUUUUCCCGGGAUAUAUCACCGAGGACGUGCACUCUGAACUAUUAAAAGACUGGUAUGCGAUAAUUCUUAUCACUGGCUACAAUGUGUUCGACCUUGUUGGUAAAUCCUUGACUGCAUUCUAUCUUCUUGAGAAUGCAAAGAUUGCGAUCUGGAGUUGCGUGGGGAGACUACUGUUCUUCCCACUCUUCUAUGGCUGUUUGCAUGGACCUGAGUUCCUCAGGACUGAGAUUCCUGUUACUAUAUUGACUUGCCUGUUGGGGCUAACCAACGGGUACUUGACAAGUGUAUUGAUGAUUUUGGCUCCCAAAGUUGUGCAACUACAGCAUGCAGAAACAGCAGGAAUUGUGGUUGUUUUGUUCUUGGUUCUUGGCCUGGCUAUUGGUUCAGUUGUUGCUUGGUUUUGGGUCAUUUAAGCAGGGCUCAUGGUUUGCAAGCAUGGAGAAUUGCUGAAUGUCUGGGACACUCUCUAGGCCAAUCACCCAAUCUGUAGUCGAUCGAUGCUUCCUUGUAGUACUUCCCAUUCUGUAAAGUAAUGUAAACACAGUUGUUCAUUAUUGUUGCAUCGAAAGGUUAAUUGCCACUCAACAGGCAUAAAUGAUCAGCAUUUGGUUUAAAA